AUACCUUAUGAGGGUGGGUGACACAAAGAAAGUACUACAAACAAACAAGCAAACGAAUAAUGUAACCUCGAGAUUUGAGAUUUUGAUUUCCUUUUCUCUGCUGUUGAAUACAUCAUAUCCUCUUGCUUCUACCAUACAAUUUUGUACACAAUUCUUGCUCUGCAUUAUCUUCCUAUUCUGCAAAUCUUAGUAAUUUCGAGCAUCUCCUGCAGCUUCUCUAUUCAGUUUUAUUGUGCGAGCGCAUUCUCAAUCAUCUCUGUGUUUUACCUGGUGAAUUUCUGUGUUUGCAUCUCGAGCUCCUCGAUAUCCAUUCUGUCGCCAUGCACGUUGUUAAGAAAUUGCUACCAUGGGCAACGCCACUUGUGAGCACUCCUACGACUAUUUGGCUACAGAAAGUACCUAGCUAACAAUGUCUAGCUGUUGCUCAUUUUGACUGUUGUAGCUAUGUAGGGAGCACUGAAGCACAUUUUGAUGACCACCAUAGACUAAUACCUGCCAGCUAUUCCUACUCUCAAAUCCGCCUCCUUUCACUUCCCAUCUCACAAGCUCUCGCACUAUUCACGAUUGUUUUACCGCUUGUUACUGGUAUUUCUACACAAGGUGCCAUUGGUUUGAUCCAGCGAGCGAACAAGAAGGAACAAAAUCAACUCACGCUGCCACUUAUUGCCGUUAUUGGGUUUCAGUUGAUCUACGAGACUGUUGUCGCUACUCUGGCCCUGACAUAUAUGAUACCACCCAAUUCAUUACAUUGUGGUUUGGAAGAUAAAUGGCAGAAGCUCUUCAGCACGAAGAAUGAAGCAAAGAUUAAAGCUAUUCAAGACACGUUGAAUUGCUGUGGUCUCCAUUCUGUGUUUGACAAGGCAUGGCCAUUCAGGAAGGAUGUCCAUGGACCUGGGAGUUGUGUGGAUUUGACAAAUCGCUCUCAGUGAGUCCUUUUUCUGACCCCACGAUGACAUAUCCAGAGAUCAAAGCUAAUAUUCGGCUAGGAGUUGUUUUGGGACUUGGAGACAAGCGGAACAGAUCAACGCCGGCCUGCUUUUAAUCGUGGCUAUAGUUAUUUUCAUCAUCAAGGUACGUUGCUUCUUUUAUCGUAUUCAAAUGCCAUCUACAUGCAAUACAUGUCGCAACUUAUAAUAGAUGCGUCUAUUAGUAUCAAACUUUCAUGUUGUGAGUGGUGAGAUAGCCAGAUAGUUCCUCAAGGUUCUAGAAAGCCUCAGAAAAUUGCACCCACACUUAAGCACAUAUUUUUAUGGUUUCACUGGUAGCAGAGAAUGCUCCGUCCUGCAGUGGAUCUAAAUGCAUCAGUCAUCAUCUAACAUCUUAAACCCAGGUGGUUUCCAUCAUAAAUCUGCUCACCAACUCCUUCUGGAGGCGCUCAUACUGGUCCCGACCGAUCCACAGCAUAAUGGGUGGUGAUACAGAGGCGCCACAGGCAGACGAUAGGGCAGAGACCAGAGGGCUUAUUGAAGAACGUGAUGACGAAGAAGAGUCUUACCAAGAUGAGCCCGCUGAAGAUUGCCUCUCACCGUUCAAUGGUUCUGGACAAGGACCAAGAGUCGAGCCUUCUCGCUUGUCUCAAAACUAUUAAGCAAGCUUCUUAAGCUUUCAGGCAUAUAAUAAGCUUAAGGGCGAGAUGCGUGAGGCUCAAUAAGAAUCCUGGUGGAUCAUCUGGGGCAUCGAUAUCCACUUGGGGCACUUUCUGGGUCGUGAUUGAUGAUUGGAGAGGAUCUGGGGGAGGGGUCUGAACGGGUGAAUGGGUAAAGAGGAUAUUUUGCUAAUGAUAUCGGGAAACGUUGUGAUGUGAUAUGAUCAGAUGGCGCAGUUUACAUUUUACCUUUCCGGUUUAUCCUACGGCAUGAGGCAUCACCCCGUACGCAUCUAGGCUUAAUACAUUAAGCCGGCACUUUGCCCGACUUAAACCCUGUACAUGCAUGCAUCAUGCCGAUGCCCACUCACGUGAUCACGGGCAAACCGAAAGGCUGAUUGAGGAAGGGUAGAUGAAAGAAAAGAAGAGAAUAAUCAUUGGAAGGUGAUCGAUGGAGUCGUUACAGAUAUACAAUGUUGAAAUAAUUUAGCUAAUUUAGCUACUAUGCGCUGUACAAAAAGCUGGCCAUCUCAUAUUUUAUAUGUCGAGAGAAGUCCACGAAAGCACAGCACACGAUAGAGAGAUUUGGAAGAAAGAGGAAAGAGUUAAUCCUCAUCAGUAGUCGUGCAU